ACGGAGUCAGACCACAGAGGACAGAGGUACAGAGGACUGGGAGGCAGUUAGAAGCCAACUUUUCACAACAUGGACACAUCAGACAGAAGAAUUGUCCUUCUAGGAAAAACCGGAGUGGGGAAGAGCAGCCUGGCCAGCACCAUAUUUGGGGAGGAUUCCUUGGAAAAUAACCCAACUCCAAAAUCAGACACAAUUAAAUGUGAAGUAGAAACCAAAUCUGUCAGUGGAAGAAGCAUCACUGUGAUCGACACCCCUGGUCUCUUUGACACCGACAGGUCUGAAGAUGAACUGAGGGCUGAGAUAGUGAGAUGUGUCGUUGAGAGUGCUCCUGGGCCUCAUGCUUUCCUCCUUCUGCUCAAAGUGGACAAGUACACCGAGCAUGAGCAGGCUGUCAUCAAUAAAAUCCAAGAAUACUUUUCUGAAGACGUCUUCAACUAUGCAAUAGCUGUCUUCACUCAUGGUGAUCAGCUUGGUGAAGGACAGACAUUGGAAGAUUUUGUCGGCCUGGAUCAGUACCUCACCGAUCAUGUGUGGAAGAAGUGUGGAGGCCGCUGCUUUGUCAUCGACAACAAAUAUUGGCAAGACAAACCAAAAGAUGAAUACAGGAGCAACCAGUUCCAAAUUAAAGAGAUCCUGAAGUCAAUAGACAAGAUGAUAAAGGCCAACAAGGAUGGCUACUACACCAAUGAGAUGUAUCAAGCAGUGGAGGGAGAAAUACAAGAAGACAUGAAAGUUAUUAGACGAUCAUCAGUAAACAUGUCAGAGAACGAGAUCAGAGAGAAGGCUAAGAAAAGUACAACUGAGAAGCUUUUGAUCGGACUGGCAGGUGUAGCAACAGGUGUAAUAUUAGGAGCAUUGCUUGGUCUAUCAACAUCAAUAAUGGCUGUAAUGGGAGUAGUAGUUAAACAGAAAAUGAGCCCUGGGCUACUUGUCAAAGCAGUGACAAAAGCAGCUGCUAUAGGACAUCAGGCAGCUAAGGGAGCAGACUCCCCAAUGGAGGCAGCAAAGAAGACAGUAGAGGCUGUCAAGGACGAAGCUCAGUCAGUCUUCAGAGGGCUUUUACAUAAAAAGAACGAAAAAUCAGAAAAAAAAGACCCCUGAUAGACCAAGAGAACGGGCCCUCCCCAGUUGUAAUUUAUUGAAACUAUCAAGGCAUGUGUGUUUAGCAUAAGGGCUAGCAUCCUCACUAAGUUAUUUCACUUUGGAGCUGAAGAAUGUCUUUCCCAACCUUUUCUUUAUAUUUUUGACACUGAAGCCAUUUUGCCACUUUAAGAGCUCUUGCCUCCAAUUUUUCUUUUCAUUUUUCCACAAUUGACCAAUUUUUGAAACUUUACAAUAGGGAUGCAACAAUUUGUUGCUGUUGUCGACAAUAAUCAAUAAUGACUUCCGUCUGAGACACAUUUUACUUUCGAUGAUUCGUUUGCUGUGUCCGUGCACUUUUUUUGUCUAUAUUUUUUGUUCAUACAUGUUUUUAAGUAUGUUGACGUUCUUUUGUAAGCUGUUUUUAAAAAAAAUAAAAAAUAAAAAUAAAAAUAAAAAUUGAGCCGUCAAAGCUAUCAAGGGAUCCCACAGCAUGGCACCCAACAAGUUGACUGAUCGUUUCAGUUGUCGGCGACUCGUCAACUAUAGGAAUAGUCAUUAGUUGGAUCCCUACUUUAAAAUUGUAAAUCUCCACCUUUUCCCCCAUUUUGCCUCUUUUAAGACCCCUUCCACUACUAUUUCUGCCUGUUCUUGCCACUUAACACAUUUCUACCACAUUCUUCCUUUUUUUUGGGUCUCUUUUAACCCAUUUUCCAAAUUUCAAAUUCUUUUUCGCCCCCUUUUCUGCUGUCUUUUUACACUUUAAAGUCAUUUUGACACAUUUAGAACCCUUUCCACCAUUUUUUUGCCCAUUCUUGCCUCUGUUUACCUAUUGUUGCCGCUUUCCAUACUUUUUGCCCCUGUUAACCCAUUUUUGCUGUUUUUAAGCUCAUUUUUAUUCUGUUGAAGAGGGUUUUAUACAACAGCAUAAUUUAAUUUUAAAAAGUUUAUGUUGCUUUGAUACAGUGGUCAUUAUUCAGGUUUAAAAAUAUGGUUAUAAAGCUUUACUUUACCAUGAUUUUGCUGACCUCCAUGGGCCCUCCAUUUGGCUGGGCCCCAGAAAGCUCUCCCCUUCACCCACCUUGACCUUGCCUACAG